CGUAUCGCACUUGCGCGCACCCAUCCGCUUGACAAGACCGAUGGCCCGACGUCUGGCGCUCGUGACCGGCGGGAGCCGGGGCAUAGGUCGCGCGAUCGCCCAGCAGCUGCACCACGACGGGUGGCAUGUCGCCAUCACGUCGCGCUGCGCAGACCGCGCGGCGGAGGCGGCGGCGUCGAUCGCACCGGACGUACUGGGCGUCGCGUACGAAGCCAGCGCACCGGGCAGCGCCGAAGCCGCGCUCGAGGCGUUGCACGCGAUGAGCGGCGGCGUGCCCGUCACGGGCCUCGUCAAUGCAGCAGGUAUCACGCACAACAGCCUUCUUCUGCGGCUACGCGAAGACCAAGCACAGUCGCUUGUCGCGACCAACCUUCUCGGCCCGCUCUUCAUGACCAAGGCCGUCGCCAAGGGCAUGCUGAAGCAGCGCACGGGCAGCAUUGUCACACUCGGCAGCGUCGUCGGCUCCAAGGGCAACGUCGGGCAAGCCGCGUACGCUGCCUCCAAGGCCGGUCUUCUCGGCGUCACAACGACGCUCGCCAAGGAGCUCGGGCCCAAGAACAUUCGCGUCAACCUCGUCGAGCCGGGCUUCAUCGCAACCGAUAUGACCCAAGAGCACAUGACCGAGGAGGCCCGGGCAGCGACGAUUGCGCUCACGUCGCUGCGGCGGCUCGGCACGCCCGACGACGUCGCGCAGCUUGUCGCCUUCCUCUUGAGCGACCGCGCGAGCUACAUCACGGGCCAGUGUCUUCGCGUCGAUGGCGGCCUCGUUAUGUAAUCGCGUUGAACUUGGCUCGAUCAGAUCGAGCAUGCACAGAUUCUGUGCAGGCGGCAUGUGGAUGCCGAAUUUAGUGUCAUUUGCGGCAUAUAAACUCUGCCAAAGACAACGCGCGAGCGUACCGGGGUAGGUACACCUGCCAUUGCUCAAAUUGUAUUACCUGUCAACGGUCCAGUCCGUGGUACCUCAUCCAUCAAUGACCUUGGUU